GAUGGAGGAUGCAUAUAUGAGUUUGAGUACCUCCAAAAUGAAUGCAAAAUGUUUAUGCAAGGAAGGAGAACAAUGGUGUGCGAGAUGAGUAUAAAAACGAAUUCGGGAUUAAAGAUGCCAGUAUUAGUUGAUAGUUUUUCGCGGUGUACGAGUGUGUAAAAUCAAAAGAGUGCCAAAUUCAGCAAUGAAUCACAAGUUACAGUGGCCUUCACGCCCGGGAUCACCGGCACUUCCUGCAGUUCUUCUUGCGCUAUUUGCGGUGAUGGUGAUGUUGCUGGCGCCAUCUAUGGACGCGCAGGAGGACUAUAAUAUUCAACACAACGACGGAUCGUAUGAAUUCGGCUACGAGAAUGAAAACAAUUUCCACCACAGCAAAGCCAACUCUAGAAAUGUUGUACGUGGUGAAUUUGGAGGUCGCAACCCUAAAACAGGAGGGGUGGAUGUAACGUCAUACACAGCUGGACCUCGAGGAUAUAGGCCACGUGGUAGUAAUAUCGCUAGAAAGUUUGAUCAAAGCCAAGUACGGCGGGGACCAAUUGGAUCCAGGGAUGAUCCUUAUUAUGACCCAAAUGAAGAUCCAAGCUAUGACUUUGGGUUCAAGACCAGGACUUAUCAAAGAAAAGAAAGUGCCAAUAGAUUGGGCGAUGUAAAAGGGCAAUAUAGCUACACAGACGAUGUGGGUGAACGUCACAAUGUGGAAUAUAUCGCAGGAAAGAAUACUGGCUUCCAUGUGAAGACACCCUUCCCAGAUUCCAACCCAAAGGCCUAUGGUCCGCUGUUCUUUAAUGGCAGAGGUCGUCCCAUCCCACGUGGGAGAACUUCCAUACAGCGUGGUACCGAUGGCAGUUACAGAUUCGUCGCUGCUGGUCCUGACCAACGGCGCACAGAGGUCAGCGAUUCCGAAGGCAAUGUACGCGGGUCUUACACCUACCUCGACGACAAAGGUGUUCAACAUUCGGUUCAUUACAUAGCAGGACCUGGUAUUGGUUAUCGGGUACUGAAGAAUGUCAAUGGACCACAUCUUCCAUCAGUGUAUCCAUUCACAGGCCCCAAUAUUAUUCCACCAGAUUUUUAUAAUUAUAUAGAUAAACAUUCACAAGGGGAUGUUUUUAACGCGCCUGAAGAGGGUCCAACUGGACCUGGGAGUGAUUACGGUACAGAUUACGAAGCUGAUGGUGGUUAUGGAUCAGGCAGACCAAGCAGACCUAAUAGACCAAAUAGGCCUGGUGGUAGUAGACCCAGUAGACCUAGACCCAAACCGUCUGGAGCGGUACCAAGACCCAGACCUACCGAAAGACCUGCAAAUACUCGUCCAUCGUAUGACUACGAUGAUGGUGGAGAUUUGGGAGGUGAUGACCUCUUUGGUGGUGGUACAGGAAGUGGCAGUACCACUGCAAGACCACCUGGUAGUACUGGAAGACCAUCAACUGCUGGAACAACAAGUGGUACAUUCUCCGGAGAAGAUAUUACAGGAGGAGGAAGCGGUACUGGAGGUGGCGGUGCAGGUGGACCUCCUGGGGGAGCAGCUGGAGGAGGAGGGGAUGAUUAUGAUGACAAUGCCGAUGACUUAUUCGGUAGUGGUCCUUCCAUCUCCACGUCACGACCAGGCUCAUCCACUUCAAGACCUACCCCAGGCUCCACGCGACCUUCGCCAAAUUUUGACACAGGCGCUGAUGAUGGAGAUGACGGGGAUAUCAACAACUUAGAUGACGGACUUUUCGGAGGUAGUCCCGGAGUGUCCAGCUCUAAUCUAGGCGUGACCGGCACACCAAAACCUCACGUUAUUUCCAUUACAGGUGCAGGUGGUAAGAAAACCAUCGUCACGAACCUCGGCGAUCGGGUCUUUAGCGUACCGCCUGGAGUAUCAGUACACGCACACGUGCAAUCCAUCGAUUUGUAUCCUUACGAGAGCAAAGUACCCACACCAGCAGAUCAGUAUCGAGCAGAGACCACUCGUUUUCAGAGAUUAACAACACGACAAGUAAGUAAAGACGAUGAGAAACUUGUCACGGUACAGACCACAACGUUGCCAUCGACGACCAGCACACCAACUAGCACUACACCGGAUAGCAACAGUAAAAAGAAAACGGAAAAUGAAGUUUCCGAGGAAUACGAAGAUGAGUACGAAUCGGAGGAGACGUCAGCAGACGAUAAAAAGAGCGUUGAGACGACGACGACCACGGCGCGACCGGCAUCGACUACGAAGACAAUUAAGUAAUUUAUUAACGAUUGUACCGUACUGUACAUAAUUAGCAUAAAUAUUGUAAAAUAUGUAAUUAAAUUCUAAAAUGUU